AUGGAUGUAGCUGCGAGUGAGCCGUCAGCGGCAGAAUCCGCCCUACGGCGAGUAGUCAACGAUUCUGACGACGUGCUGCGUAAAUUCAAAUGUCCGGAGUGUGGGAAGGCGUUCAAGUUCAAACAUCAUCUCAAGGAACACAUUCGAAUUCACUCUGGAGAGAAACCUUUCGAGCGCUCACCUCGAACUGCGCAUAAGUUUUGCGGAACGUUUGUUCGACAAGGAGUCGAUUAG